AUGUUUUAUUCUAGGGUGGAAUGGGUGGAGAUAAUAGAACCGAAGACAAAGGAGCAUAUGUAUGCUAACCUUACCACAGGAGAGUGUGUAUGGGACCCACCUGAGGGUGUUAAAGUGAAACGCACAGACUCAUCGCAAUGGUGGGAAUUAUUUGACAUCAAUACUCAUCGAUUUUAUUAUUAUAAUGCAUCAACUCAGACAACAGUGUGGCAUAGACCCAUAGACUGCGACAUAAUACCAUUAGCAAAGUUACAAACAUUAAAACAGAAUACUGAUCCACUAAAAAGGAGAGAAACUUCAACACAGACUAAUUUGGCAGCACCGCAGGUACCAUCAACACUAGACCCCCUUAACAGUAAUGGCAACAGUACAGCAAGUGCCAGUAAAUUAUCACCAUGCAAUACCAAAAGCGUUACAAUCACACAAACAAGUCCAGUGCGUACCAGGAGAUCUCAUUACCAUCACAGAAACAGCGGCGAAAGCCGUCGGGGGAGGCUUAGUGAAGAUGGAACGACUCCUCUUUGUCGUCAUACGGACUCGGGACGGUCCUCCGAUAGUAGCAUUAGUAGCGCACAGCAGAGACGGAAACAGGAACUAAGUGCAGUAUGUAAUCCACCAAUUUGUACGCCACAAUUAAAGAAGAGGAGCAGCGUCCAGCCACCUCCCACCCACGGUGAAACUGAUAAAUGGUCACCACAUUCAGGAUUAAACCGCAGUGGAAGUUUUAUCUCGCCACGAAAAGACGCAUCGGAUGACUCGAUGCAUGAAAAGUAUUUUAAAUCCGUCGAAAGCACUCCAUUAACUAGACGUAAGUUGAAGCAGCAAUCUGCGGGUGGGUCAUCGUGCGAGUCAGCAUCUCCUCAAAGUCCCAGCAGUCCAUUGCAGAAGCCCCAACCUACGCCGUUUUUACAGACGUCAGCAGCCCGGCCAUCUUUGGUGUCGUCGAUAUCUCUGGCCACGGAGGCUGGUGGCGCCAGACACAUGCUGAGCUUGGAAAGACCGCAUCAUCUCUCACGGCACUCGCGGGAGAGGUAUUCGGAUAGGCAUCUAGACAAAGAUCGUUUAGCUGAGUUGGACCGUAUCGAGCGUUACCCGGAGAAGCAAGCCGUAUACAGUGUGGACAAGCCUUUCCGCCAGACCAGCCUCGACCUCCGCCAUAAUGCCAGCAACUGGCAUCAGCCGAGGGAGUUUACAAGUUCGUCAAUUUCCAGACGCCAACAGGCAGAGCCCGAGCGCUUCACUUCGAGCAAAUCCUCAAAACAGCAGCAGAGGCCCCACGAACACAACUUCAUGAGGCUCUCGUCCGCCAACGAGGCCGACAACGUCGCCGCUGUGAACUAUAAGUUAAAAAGCGUGAAUUUGGAGCCCGCCCUGACGGAGCCGAAUGUCCAGAAACAUAACCAGAGACUCGAGAGGACUACCACAAGGGACAGAACUAAAUCGCGACGUCACAAGCGAGCAGCGGAGGCAGAAGAGGGAGAAGAGGAGGAGGAGGGGGGUUCCCCCUUGUACUGCAACUGGGACUUACGAGGACUCCAGCAUCUGCUGCCGCUGCAGGAUUAUAUCAUACAGCAGGCAAAGCUAUCCAGCCGAAGCCGCUACGGCCAUUCAGACUCGGAGAACGAAUCCGGAUCUUCGCAUUCCAGAUCCGGCUCCGAAUCCCGGUCACUGUCCGGCCACGAGCCGGAUAACGAAUCCUCAGACGGUGGAGCGAGAACGCCGGAUGACGACGACGGAUCCGGCGUGUACCUGCCUCACACGUAUACGCAGAGGCCUUUAGAUGUGGAAUAUAUGAAUCAUGGCGUCUCCUAUUAUAAUACGUUCGUUGGCUUUGAGCGGGAUCGGCAGCCGUCGCCGGGCAUUCACAGGACGUCAUCCGUGGGCGGUGGCAAUACCAGUAUAGGUAGCACAUCGGCCAGUGUCCCAGACGGAGCCGAAGGUGGAGCCUUGUACAGCCCCGUGCGGUCACAUCCGCGUCACCCCCCACUCCUGCCCCACAUGCCCCCACCCGAACAGGACAUUGAGAUAUUCGCAAAGGACAACCUCAACUUCAGCAAGGGAAUCUUUAGGAGAAAGGCAUCAGUCCGCGAUAUGCUCUCUUGGACGUCUUCAUCGAUAAGUGCCCCAAUGGUGGGGGCAGACUGGGACAAGGGGCACAAAAAGGCCGCGAUAGAUCUGUUCCGUCUGGUGCAGAUAUACAUGGGAGACCGGAAGGCUCGUCCCGGUAUGACCCUCAACUCGGUGGCCCAGGAUAUAUUACACGCUACAUUCACUAAUGAAAAGCUCCGCGACGAGCUGUACGUGCAGUUGUGCCGGCAGACCACAGAGAACCCUCUCAGGGACUCGUUGCUCCGCGGGUGGGAGCUGUUGGCCGUGUGCCUGGCCUUCGUCCCCCCCUCGCCGGCUUUCCAACCGGCUCUCACCAAUUAUGUCAACAGGCAUCGGGAUCCCGCCUUUGCCGACUGCUUCCCUGAGGUCGGAAAAUGGCCAAUUCACGUGCAAGUGUCCCACUACGCGAGCGUAGCGUGCAAACGACUCGAACGAAUCGGCUUCGGAGGCAAAAGACAGCCGAGGAAGCCCACUACGGACGACAUCGACCAAGCUCGGAUACAAAUCUUCCGCCAAUCGAUGUUCGGGAACACUCUCCAAGAAGUGAUGAUGCUUCAGAAGGAGCGGUUUCCGAACAGGCAGCUGCCGUGGGUGCAGGUGGCUCUCUCUCAGCAAGUGUUGGCCCUCAACGGGAGAGAGACGGAGGGUAUUUUCAGAGUGUCGGCGGAUGUCGACGAAGUCAACGCCUUGAAGGCCAAGAUCGACAACUGGGAACUUCCCGAUGUCUCAACCUUGACAGAUGCGCACGCGCCGGCCAGCCUUCUGAAGCUCUGGUACCGGGAGUUAUACGAACCCUUGAUCCCGGAUGCCUUGUACGGGGCCUGCGUGGCGGCCGGGAGUGACUUCGCCGCCUGUACUAGAGCGUUGCAGAGGCUGCCCGCGCUUAAUAGAUUGGUACUGACAUAUUUAAUAAGCUUCCUGCAACAAUUCAAUGCGCCUGAAGUGGUGAGUCAAACUAAGAUGGAUUCAGCCAAUCUGGCCAUGGUGUUCGCUCCGAACUGUCUCCGAUGCACCUCACAGGACCCCAGGGUGAUUCUGGAGAAUGCGCGCAAAGAAAUGACAUUUCUGAAGACAUUGAUCACUAACCUUGACACGUCUCACGUUCAUGAUCUUCUGUGA